GCUGGCUGGUUGGUUGGAGAGAUCAUGAACAAGUUGUACAUUGGCAAUCUGAGUUCAAGUGUCACCGCCGCCGACCUCCAGCAACUGUGCGAGCAAAGGGAGCUGUGCAUCGGGGAAGUCCUGCUCAAAUCCGGCUAUGCAUUUGUGGAUUGCCCUGACGAGAACGCGGCGAUUAGAGUCAUCGAGACCCUGUCCGGCAAAGUGGAACUUCAUGGCAAGGUGAUUGAAGUCGACUACUCUGUCCCUAAAAAGCAGAGGAGUCGGAAAAUUCAAAUCCGCAACAUCCCGCCUCAUCUGCAGUGGGAGGUAUUGGAUGGACUCCUGGCUGAGUAUGGCACAGUGGAGAAUGUGGAACAAGUUAAUACGGACAGCGAGACAGCAGUCGUCAACGUGACAUAUGAAACGAAAGAACAUGCAAAGAUAGCACUCGAGAAGCUGAACGGACACCAGUUUGAAACGUACGCUCUGAGGGUCUCCUACAUCCCCGACGAGGAGGCCAUGCAGCCCCCAGCCCCAAGGUCAAGGCGAGGAGCCGGGGUCCGCGCCAGCCGAGAGCGCGGCCACUCGCCCGGACCCCCGCCUGCACCCAAGCAGCUGGACGUGCCCCUCCGCAUCCUCGUGCCCACCCAGUUUGUGGGCGCCAUCAUCGGCAAAGAGGGACUGACCAUCAAGAACGUCACCCAGCAGACCCAAUCCAAAAUCGAUAUCCAUCGGAGGGAGAAUGCAGGAGCCGCGGAGAAAGCCAUCACCAUUCACUCCACAGCAGAGGGCUGUACUGCUGCCUGUCAAAUGAUCCUCAAAAUUAUGCACAAGGAGGCACAGGAAACCAAAUUCACUGAGGAGAUCCCGUUGAAAAUCCUCGCUCACAACAGUUUUGUGGGACGGCUGAUCGGCAAAGAGGGGCGUAACCUGAAGAAAAUGGAACAGGAAACCGAGACCAAAAUAACCAUCUCUCCGUUACAGGACUUGACGCUGUAUAAUCCAGAGAGGACCAUCACUGUAAGGGGCAGCGUUGAGGCCUGCUCAAAAGCUGAAGUAGAAAUUAUGAAGAAACUCAGAGAGGCUUAUGAAAAUGACCUUGCUGCUAUGAAUCAACAAGCAAACUUGAUCCCCGGGUUGAACUUAAAUACCCUGGGAAUGUUCUCGUCUGGACUGCCGGUGCUUCCAUCCACAAGUCGGCCCCGUGGAGCUGCUGCUUCUUACAGUCCGUUUGCGAGUCAUCUGUGCUACCCUGGUGCCCUGUAUAAUACACCUGCAGUCGGUACAAUGGCCCAGCUGUAUUCUCAGACAUCAGAGCAGGAGGUCGUCCACUUGUUCAUCCCGACCCAAGCCGUGGGGGCCAUCAUCGGGAAGAAAGGUCAGCAAAUCAAGCAGCUGUCCAAGUUCGCUGGGGCCUCGAUCAAGAUCGCUCCUCCCGAGGGACCCGAGGCGAAUGAGAGGAUGGUGAUUAUCACUGGCUCACCAGAGGCACAGUUUAAGGCUCAAGGCCGGAUCUACAGCAAGCUGAAGGAGGAGAACUUCUUCAGUCCCAAGGAAGAGGUCAAACUGGAGGCGAACAUCAAAGUUCCAGCUUCCGCAGCCGGCCGGGUCAUCGGGAAAGGAGGCAAGACGGUGAACGAGCUGCAGAACAUCACGAGUGCCGAGGUGAUCGUGCCCCGGGAUCAAACGCCAGACGACAACGAUGAGGUCAUCGUGAAGAUCAUCGGCCAUUUCUUUGCCAGCCAGGUAGACCGCCCGGCGCCGUCGGCCACCCGCACGGACCGCUCAACGGAAAAUCCGCGAGAUCGUGCAACAGGCAAAGCAUCAGGAGCAGAAGCAGCAGGCAGGAGGCAUCGCUUCACAACGCAGCAAGUGAGACCAGGUGGAGCUGGGGGGCGGGAACAGCAGCCCGACGACUGUAGCCCUUCCGACGCGCGGGCAUGGGAGCUGGGCAGGAAGGGAAACGAACCAAAGAAACGAUGAGACAAAUGAAACAAACACAACAACGAAAAAAAAACCCCACAAACGGAUAUGGAGAGGAUGUUUCCCAGCCGAACGGUUACGGCUGUACAGAUACGGCAAGAGGUUUUCAAAAUGGCGGCAGCCGUCCUCCCAGAGUCUCUGUGGACAAUCUCUCACUUUACCCUGGUUUGUCUCGUUGAGUAACCUGGCAGAAUCGUAGACCGUUCAGGAAAUUGAGCAGGCACUUGGGCCGUGGUAGUGUGAAUAGGGAAUUUUUUUUAUAAUAAAAUUGAAACUAGUUCUGGUUUAACACUGCUUUUGUAGAUAACACGUGUAAUUUUUGUUUUGUUUUUGUUUUGUUUGCUAUUUUUUUUUCCCCCUGAGAGAUUAAAUCAUACUUUUUGAGGCCAGAAA